UUUUUUGUGACGGCACGGAUGUAUGGUUACACGAGCUGAUUUGUUCUGUAUUAUUUAUCGCUUUGGUCACGACUGGAUUCUCCCGUGUCCAUGGAUGUGUGUGGGUGAGGCACACGCCGGUUACUUGGAGUGCGCGUGGAUUUUCCUCAAUUAAAGCGGCAACAAGGGAAGUACCGGCACAAAUACGCGAGAAGGGACCUUCCUUUCCUCAGUCAGACCCUAAUUAGCCGCUAAUUGGACAUUACCGGAGGGUUCAUUGAACAUGCUUCUCUCUAAAUUCGGAUCGCUGGCUCAUAUCUGCAACCCAAGCAACAUGGAGCAUCUACCGGUUAAGAUCUUACAGCCAGUGAAAGUGGACAAGGAGCCCUUCGAGAAGGUGUAUCAGGUGGGCUCGGUUGUGGGCAGCGGUGGUUUCGGCACGGUGUAUUCGGGCAGUCGGAUUGCAGAUGGACAGCCGGUCGCUGUGAAGCACGUAGCUAAGGAGAGAGUCACAGAAUGGGGCACUUUGAACGGCGUGAUGGUGCCUUUGGAGAUCGUCCUACUAAAGAAGGUGGCCACCGGCUUCCGAGGGGUAAUCAAGCUACUGGACUGGUACGAGCGAGCCGACGGCUUCCUGAUCGUUAUGGAGAGACCGGAGCCGGUGAAGGAUCUAUUCGAUUUUAUAACGGAAAAGGGGGCCCUGGACGAGGACACAGCCCGCGGUUUUUUCCGGCAGGUGCUGGAAGCGGUGCGACACUGCUAUAACUGCGGGGUGGUGCAUCGGGACAUCAAGGAUGAGAACCUGCUGGUGGACACGAGGAACGGGGAACUGAAACUGAUCGAUUUUGGCUCCGGGGCGCUACUCAAGGAUACGGUGUACACGGAUUUUGAUGGAACCAGAGUCUAUAGUCCACCAGAAUGGGUCAGAUACCACAGAUACCAUGGAAGAUCAGCAACCGUGUGGUCUUUGGGUGUGCUUCUUUAUGACAUGGUUUGCGGAGAUAUUCCCUUUGAGCAAGAUGAAGAGAUUGUUCGUGUCCGCUUGUGUUUCAGAAGAAGGAUCUCUACAGAGUGCCAGCAACUUAUCAAAUGGUGCCUUUCCUUGAGGCCUUCUGAUAGACCAACACUUGAGCAAAUUUUUGACCAUCCUUGGAUGUGCAAAUGCGACCUUGUGAAAUCUGAAGACUGUGAUUUAAGACUAAGGACAAUUGACAAUGAUUCAUCAAGCACAAGCUCAAGCAACGAGAGUCUGUAAAGUUCAAGCAAUAUUUCAUAUAAUGGGAUUAAGCAGAAAAGCACUGCUGCUGCCAAGCUUACAAGGGGAGCUCAAACAUUUGCUGUUUUGGCUAAAACAUUUUAUAC